AUGGCUCGCACCAAGAAGCCAGCAGGUUCUCGCGCCAACGGAACAACUGCAAAUGCAAAAGCGAAGAAGACUCCUGUCCGACCUAGGGCUGCGAAAGGACAGCUGGUGUCAUUCGAAGCUUGCCAUAAGGUACUCGACUGUGUCGAGUUGCUGGAAAUGAUCCUUCUCAACGUCUACGAUCCGCAAGACGCAUUUCCGGUACUGAAGUCAUUGGCCAAGGACAUCACUCAAAAAGACAGAAACGACGAGAGCGACGUUGAUCAGCAGAAUCUUGGUCUCGAGGCGCGCGAUAUUCAAGGAUCUCGCAUUGGCGGUCGAGACGAAGAGCUUGUUUACAACGAGAACGAAGCCCGCCGGAACAUGAAAACCCUACUGCUUAGCCAGAGAGUCAACCGCAUGUUCAAGGGAACAAUCGGUGGAUCUACCAAACUGCAGCGAGCUCUGUGGUUCAAGACUAUCUUCGACAAUCAACCUCUUAGCAGCGACAGGGCUCAAUGGGAUCGCGCAGUGCUCAGAGUCAAAGGCAGUGGAUUGGGGAAGUUGCUCGCAACCAAGCAGGUUAAGAAGAUGAUUGCGAGUUAUGUGGGACCCGCUCUUCACGAAGGGCAGGAAGAAACCUUUUCGCUUUACUGCCUCCUUCGGCCAAUACGAUCCAGCCGCGAGACGCGAGUUCAAGUUCACCAUAACUAA